AUGCACAAGUGCCCAUUUUUAUUGUCUCUUACAGCGGAAAAACGCUGCAAUUUUCGCUUGAAUCUCUCUUGGGUAUCAGAUACGAUCUAUGAUGAGCGAUUUGUGCUGCGACUACUUGCAAGCGUGAUGGGCCAUGGGUCUGAGUUGCCAUUGCGAGAAUUUACCGAAAUGGGCGCUCUUUCAUUAGCCUUCAGCUGUACGUCGAGUCGGAAUGAAACAACAAGAAAAGCCGCCUAUUAUGUUCUGCAAAGGUAUCUUUCGCUUCUCAACACGUUGACAAUUGAGACGUUUGAUCAACGCCCUAUUUUGAAGCGCAACUUGUCUCAAACGAUUCCUGAUUUAGCGAGCAUGUUGUUUUCCAGUUCCACACAGCAUCACAAGGAAGAGCUCCUAUUUCUGUUAGAUGUGGUGCGAUAUGGAUGUUGUGAGCCGAACGAUUAUGCAUUGAUUACAAGCAGGGGAGGAUUUCGAUCAAUAAUCUCCUUGUUCUCAUCUCCUCUCACAAAUAACAAUGCUCGUUUGUCGAUUCUCGACUUAUUGAAAAGACUUUCCACAAUGCCCACUCCAUCACACGACCUUAUUCAUCGAUUGAAUCUCCCAUCCUGGCUUGCACUACAAAUGGGGAAGAAAGAAGUUACUCACUUUGGACGUGGAUAUCUUGGAGAGAUCUUUUCUAUCUUAAUCUCUACGGAAUAUCAAAGAAUUCGAGACGGAGAGGCUAGCUUACUAAAAGGGCAGCUUGCAGCAAUUCGUAUAGCUGCGAAAGAGGCUGUUGAGCAACUUCGCGAAUUGACAAAGACAAACGAAUUGCUGAUGAAAUUGAGAAAU